AUGGCUAUUAUCGAUAUCAACACUAUUAUUGAUCCUCCGAUGAAGUUGGCUGGCAAAGGUGAAAGAUGUAAGCAGCAACUCUGGAUGCAAUGGACCCUCGCCCCUGAGAUGAGAUCAGAGACAAGAAUCGUUGGUAUCAAUGCACCGUUCAAAACGCUACCCAGUUUGACAUACGUCUCGAAGAUAGCUAUUUUAAUGCUGGAAAUACUUGACAGCACUCAAUCCGGUGGGCCCAUAUGGACAAAUGACAUUCACCGCAUACAACGAUCGAUUCGGGGCAUCUACCGGCCUUUCUUUCUCGGCACAUUUAGACGACACCCAUCGAUCUUAUUCGCCAUAGGACUUGAUGCUCCGGCCACGGGAGGGUUCAGGGCUGGUGUCGUGGAAUCAGAUUCUGCGAAACAAGGCCUUGAGAUUGCUACUAGACAAGGGAAUAGCAUAACUUUGACAGAUCGGUAUAAGGGAAAGGAUAGUGAUGGGGAUGAUCGGCUGAUUGAGUUCCAUCUUUCGGCAUAUUCUGGAGUGGAGAUAAAAGUGGUCAUUACUCAGCUCAUCCUGAAUAGCAACGACGAUUAA